GUUUUAAAUUCCCGGUCAUUGAGCCGCUGUUUUCAGUUGUUCGAGGCGAGCUCACUCAGUAGCGACCAGUUUACUGAACAUGCUUUUGAUAAAUUGACAUAGAAUAGCUUUUAAUCUGUUUUUGUUAGUAAUUUCUUCGACGCUUUAAAUGUAGAGUUUUAAUCGAACAGCUCGUGCCUGCCCAACACAUUUCCACCAAUAACUGGCUGUCAGUGGCAAGCAAUGGAGGUUGGCAAAGUUGUGCAGGAAGAAAUGAAAUUUCGGGGUGCUGAAUUUGCCGUCAAGGUCGAGCUGGCGGAGAGGUUACUAAUCGUAGAGAUGUCAGAUGUGGUUACAGCGGACCAGUGGAGAGGAGAGUUCGAUCCAGCCUAUAUUGAGGACCUGACCCGGAAAACUGGGAAUUUUAAACAGUUUCCAGUAUUCUGCAGUAUGCUUGAGUCUGCUGUCAACAUGUCCAGUGAAUCGGUGACCCUUGACCUCUUGACCUAUUCUGACCUCGAGCUUCUGCGGAACAGAAAGGCAGGUGUAGUUGGCCGACCUCGUGCUCAGCCACAGUCUCCUGCCCUCAGUGCUAAACGAUACCUCAUCCUCAUCUACACUGUGGAGUUUGACAGGAUACACUAUCCUCUUCCACUUCCACAUCUUGGAAAACCUGAUCCUGCAGAGCUUCAAAGAGAGAUCCGAGCUCUGAGGGCCGAGCUGAAAACACUGAGACUGCGAGGAGGCCACAAAGUAUCAGACCAGGAAACACGCAAGCUCCGUGCAGAGUUGGCUUUGGUGAGGGAUGAAAAGGAAGCCUUGGCCAAGGCUCUGGAUCGUCAACAGAUGGUAGGGGCUGGUUCUGCUCCUGGGCCCCGUGGGCUCAGAGAGGCAGUGCACAGCCUGGAGGAACAGCUGCUGAAGGAAAGGGCAAAAAGCCAGCGCUCUGCAAGCAAGAGGAGCCAGGAACAGCUCCUCGUUCUGGAACAGCUGGAGGAACUCAGGGCAUCAGAACGGGCUCUACGGAUACGUGUUAAAAGUCUGACCACUGAGCUGGCCUUGUUACGACGCGGUCGAGCAACUCCAGUCAUGUCUGGCCGAAGCGGGCUUAGAGGUGAUGGGGAGGUUCAUCGGUCUUUAUCCAGAGAGCGCAGUUUGACCCGUGUGGGGGUAAGAGCACGCUCUGGGUCGAGGGAGAGGAUGGAGGACAGGGCUCGGAGGUCAGAGGAGAGAAUUAGGAGGCCCUCUUCAGGGUCUCGGAAUUACAUCACGAGACCCUCGCCAUCUCCAACAGGGUCACGAGUGCAUCGGUUUGACCCUACGGCCUACAUUCAAGACCGACAACGACGCCAAAAAGAGGCUGAGAUGAAGAAGGUUUCUUUUUCUGGACACAGCUCUAUUCACACGCUGUUUGGUAUCGACUCUUGGUAUCGUUUUUUUUUUACGAGUAUGAGUACGAGUACAGGAGCGCAGUAUCGGUCAGAGGAAGAUUAG